CAGGAUUUGAUCGUUCCUCUCCUUCGUUCUACUCAGUGUGGUGUCUUGUCUUUGAUCAUUGUCCGAGUGUGUGUGUGUGUGUGUGUCUAAAGAACAACUUCUUCGAGGUUAGUUUUAACUUGUUGCUGGUUCAAGUGUGAGAAAGAUCAUGGAAAGCUCGGAACAUGAACAUGUGACUUCAGCUGCUAUGCCUGCUGCUUGGGAAGAGAGGGCGCCUUCCCCUCGCCUACAUACCCCAUAUCUUCAAGGAAUCAGCAUACCUCCUUCUCCCCAAACUUUCUCAGAAUAUUUUCAAGAUACCCCUCGUACAAGUCUUCCCCAAAAUCCUAUGGACUUUAUGAUGUUCCAGUUGACUGAAUUCUCGCAUUUACAAACCAUGGAGUAUGCCAGUUCUCUGCCAAAUGAUCCUCUGACAAGCCACCAACAAUUAGAUGAUCAUAUAACAUCAUUCUCAAUGGAAUUGGCUAUGUCCUCUCACUCUAGGACCGGGGUUUCUGGGAAGUUAUUGCCAACUGAUCCUCUAGCCCGCCAAACCAAUGAACAACCAGUGUCAGCAGCUGCAGCUGCAGCAGCAGUUGAUGCAUCACAAAAUCCUCAACAGUCAAAGCCACUGAGUAGGCAUCAAAUCUACAGAAUGCAUGUCAAAGGGAAAGCAAAGUUCAAGGAUCUUUCACAUCAAAUUCUGAAUGAACACAUCAAAAUGCUGAAUGAAGAAUUGUUAAGGAUGACAGGUGAACUUAAAGCCAAGGAUGAGCAGCUUUCGCAUCUUAUGUCCGAGAAUGACAUGCUCAAGAAGGAAAAUAAACGUUUGAAACUGCGUUCUUAGGUUGGGAUUUUGUGACACUGAUAAAU